AUGAAUUCUGCAACCAUUGCUGUCCAUUGGCAUGACGACAGCCAGCCAGUAUAUUCGGUAAGCUUGCAGCCAGUACAUUAUGCCAGGUCACAGCGUCUAGCCACCGCAGGGGGAGACAACAACGUUCGUGUGUGGAGCAUCAAGUAUGAAUCUUUGGCAAACCUCGAGGAGACUUCUGUGGAAUAUCUUUCCACACUCCGUAAACAUACCCAGGCGGUCAAUGCGGUCAAAUUUGACCCCACAGGACAAAUUCUUGCUACUGCCGGUGAUGAUGGCAUGCUUAUUUUGUGGACUCGUGCUGAUCACAUUGUGCUGGAGUUUGGCCAUCAUGACGAUGAUGUGAAGGAAUCAUGGGUGGUUAAGCUGCUUAAUAAUACACAACUGGAAAUCUACGACAUUUGCUGGUCUCCAGACUCCAAGUAUAUUGCCACAGGUUCCAUGGACAAUAUCACCAAAAUCUAUAGUGUUGAGGGCCAGAAGCUAUGUGAAUUGGCAGACCACUCCCACUACGUGCAAGGUGUGACUUGGGACCCUUUGAACGAAUACUUGGCCACACAAGGAGCAGACCGAACUUUGCAUAUUUACUCAUUGAAAGAGAAUGUCGGAGAAUUUCCGUUUCAGCUUGUUCCUACGCUGUUCUUCAAGGUUCUCAGGGCAGAGCUCCCCUCAUCCAAGUUGCUGACUCCUGGAUACACUUCGUCUGGACUGACAACGGAAGCAGUACUUUCCUCCACGGAAGGCUCUCCGCGGUCCCCGCCUACCCUGGUUAAAACCAUGAGUCCACCAUCCCAAAAGCAUGUGCAUCAGGUAUUCACAUCACCAAAACGCAAAACAUUGCCGAGCGAAUCACUUGCGGCUGUUAUUCCAAGUACGGGAAAAGUGCUCAAACGCUUAAAGCGCUCUUCUCUCCUUUACCAUUCUGAAACUUUGCAGUCGUUUUUCCGAAGACUUGCAUUUUCACCUGAUGGAAGCCUUCUACUAACACCGCUGGGUAUAUACAAGAACGACGACAAUACCGACGACAAGGAUACCCCUGAUUCCACUUUCCUAAAUACUGUGUAUAUUUACACUCGCUCAGGUUUGAACAAACCUCCAGUAUGUCACUUGCCGGGACUUCCGAAACCCGCUGUUGCGAUAUCGUUCAAUCCGAUCACAUACGAAGUGCUGCCUUCGUUGGAAACCAUGGCCUUCAAGCUUCCGUACAAAAUGGUGUUUGCUGUGGCCACUCAAGAUUCUGUGUUCAUUUAUGAUACUCAGAGCUUGCGUCCUAUAGGAUCACUGUCCAACCUACAUUAUUUAACUAUCACUGACCUCUCCUGGGACAACGAUGGGCAGCAUAUAAUUGUCUCUUCAGCAGAAGGAUUUUGUUCAGUCAUUGGCUUCGAAGAAGGAAUUUUUGGAACACCUUAUGACAACAUUGGAACUGCUACUGAAGAUGAAAAAAAAAUUCCAGAAAAGGAGGCAAGAGUAAAUAAUAUGAUGGACACGGAAAGUACGAGUGACAACCGAAGACUGGGACAAAUGGAGCAAAAAUUGGAGCAAAAAUUAGCAAAAGAACUAUCGCAGGAGGUGGAGCUGUUAAAUCGAGCAGCACCAAAUUCUCAUGUUGAAAUUAGUGGGCCAAUCAUGGUUUCGGAUAAAGACACACUUGAAGAAGAUCCAGAAUAUCAAAAGCAGUCGCAAGUUCUGGAGCCGGUUGCGUCCACCUCUUCAAACACAUUGGUUACUCCUUCAUUACUUUCACAAUUUAUGGCUGAACCAGUUACUGCAAGUCCUCAAACAGCUCAAACUGAUUUUUUGAAUGAGAGGGAACAGGAAAAAUCAAAGGUGGCUAAGAAAAGACGAAUCACGCCAACUCUUGUCAAUACGGAAUAA